AUGGACAGGCACAAGAGCGACGUUAUCAGUAUUGCAGCACAGGUCAAAGGUUUUUACAACCGAGGAGAAAGUUUUCGUAUAAAUCAUGGAUCGACUAAUAGUACUCGCCAAUCAGUACUUAGCCGCAGUAAGACUGUGGACAUCAGCCAUUUGAGAUAUAUCCUGGAGGUCAACCAAAAGUCACAAACUGUCAUAGUCGAGCCAAACGUGCCCAUGGAUCGUUUGGUAGACACGACAUUGAAAUAUGGUCUCAUCCCUCCUGUUGUCAUGGAAUUCCCCGGAAUCACUGUUGGUGGUGGCUACGCCGGUACAUCCGGUGAGAGUAGCUCGUUCAAACAUGGCUUCUUUGAUCACACAGUCAAUUACGUGGAGAUUGUGCUCGCAAAUGGUGAAAUAGUCAUGGCAUCCAACACCGAGAGACCAGAUUUAUUUCACGGCGCAGCCGGAGCCUGUGGAACUUUAGGGGUCACCACUUUACUUGAGCUCCAACUCAUAGAAGCAAAACCGUACGUUGAGACGACUUAUUUUCCAGUAGCGAGUAUGGCGGCGGCCGUAGAAAAGUUUCAAGAAGUAAUUGGAGCCAACGGAUCGUACGACUACACUGAUGGGAUCAUGUAUUCAAAAAAUCAAGGCGUCAUUGUCACGGGUCGCCUCUCGAAUGACAAGGGAGAUGGCUACGUUCGGACCUUUACCAAUGCGGCAGAUCCUUGGUUCUACAUGCAUGCCAAAGCCAUCUGCAAGAGCGAGAAGCCCAACACAGAGUACAUACCCUUGGCAGAUUAUUGCUUUCGAUACGAUCGCGGAGGCUUCUGGGUUGGACGCUCGGCAUUUCAUUACUUCUAUACGCCAUUCAACAGGCUCACGAGAUGGUAUCUCGACAAAUUCGUCCGCACUAGAAUGAUGUACACGGCAUUGCAUGCGAGCGGUCACUCCAAGCAAUAUGUCGUGCAGGAUCUGGCGCUACCUCUUUCUAACGCGUCAGAGUUUGUAGAUUUCGCCGAUACUGAAUUCGGAAUCUAUCCACUCUGGCUCUGUCCGUUGCAGCAAAGCCCAAAAUCCAUUUUCCAUCCGCAUACAUCUGAGAUUAAUACACCAAUGCUCAAUGUGGGUCUUUGGGGUUACGGACCUCGGAACUAUGAUGACUUUGUAAAAGUCAACCGCAGGCUUGAGAACAAGCUCGUAGGAUUGGACGGCAUGAAAUGGCUAUACGCCCACACAUACUACUCAGAAGCGGAAUUUUGGAAUAUUUACGAUCGUGCUUCCUACGAUUCUCUUCGUGAGAAAUAUAAUGCUAGGUCUUUACCAAGCAUCUAUGAUAAAGUGAAAAUGGAUCGGCAAGAAAACCACGAGGAUGCAAUUCACAUCCGUCCUGAGCAUCAUGAACAAGCAGCCUAUCUAAUCUACUUUGCACAUGUUUGGGGCGACCUUACAACCUUAGCUGAGCGAUAUGAAUCUUAUUUCCGUUUCUCUGAAGUUCAGAGCAAGCUGACCAUGAAUGUAAAAGCAUGGAUUGAGGCUGUAGCCAAGGAUGACUCUUUCGUUCCGCGUAUCAAGCAGAUAUUUCCCAGAUAUGCCUGGUUCGGAUUACCAAUACCUCCUUUCAAUCCAGUUGGGGUCGUUGGCGUUGAGUUGGACAAAAGAUACUGGCCGGCAGAGCCCCGUGCAUUCAUCGUGCAUUUUACAAACCGCUACGUACCAAUCGAAGAGAUCAAGCGACGCUUCCACGAUCAUUGGCAAGGACCACAUGACCGACCGUCCUCACUGAUAGAAGAGGAAUCCAACGAGAUCGAAACCGACGAACAGCAAAUAACGUCGUUGUCAGAACUUGCUCGAUCACUUCGCAGGAAUUGGUAUACCGAUCCUGCGGAAGAAGACUGGGUCAAGAUGAGGGAAGUAGCAAGGUUUCGAAGGGCAACGGCAGGCUUCAAAGUCGAUAAGCCAUGGUAUCCAGGUCUCCCUGAUCUGGAAAUCAUUGAGGUCAACACUGGACCAACGCAAUCGCAGCCUCGUAUGAAGACACAAGCUACGAAGAAGCAAUGCGGAACAUCUUCCAAGCACGCACCCGUUCAUGUUUCUCAACGAAUGGGGUCUCUCCCGACACCAGCAGGCAGAGCUCGGUUCCUUGCACCUGCACCUCCACAAUUGACGUCCGUCCGAACGAGCCUACCCCAAGUCCGACCUCAUGGACACUCUAACAAUCCUGCUCACCGUCCCGCAAGUCCCUUCAGCAAUUCAGGACUUGCAAAACCACAGUCCCUACUUCCACCGAGGCCUAGAAGUUCUCUCCCUGACAUGAGAGUCAUGUCAGUAAUGCCUUCUACUAACAUACAAUCAAGAGAUCAAUACUAUGUUUUGAGUGCCGAGCUUAACAACCAGCUCAAUGCACCACAUAUCUCCUAUACCAACGAUCUGCACUAUUAUCAUCGGGUUCAUCAGCCGUUGCCACAGCCAGAUCGACCUCGCUCCUCGCCACACAUUCAGCUGCAAAGCACACCGUGGUAUCCUCCACCAAACCUGCCACCUCCUGUGGCUUCCCUACCGGCGUUCCAAUCAAAGCUCAGACAAUCAGAAUCUGGGACGAGGAUAGCGAUCCAGAAGGCGACGAAGAGCUCAAUGAGAAUGUAA